AUGUCACUCAAAACAGUCAAGACACGAACCUUAGAAGUCGGAUACUACGACCACGGCCCAUCAUCAGGCUGGUCUGUUCUUCUAUAUCAUGGCUUCCCAUACGACAUCCAUGCAUAUGAUGAAGUUGUUCCGAAACUCGUCUCUGCCGGUGCAAGAGUCGUCGUUCCCUAUGUCCGUGGUUAUGGCACAACUCGCUUCCUUUCAGAUUCAACGAUGAGAAGUGGCCAGCAAGCGGCUCUGGGCUCAGAUGUCGUCGAACUCAUGGACGCUUUGAACAUCGAAAAGGCAAUCCUUGGUGGCUUCGACUGGGGCGGGAUGUCUGUAUGCGUUGCAGCUGCACUCUGGCCCGAGCGUGUCGUCGGACUCGUUUCAUACGCGGGUUACGACAUUGCCGAUCUUUCAAGUUAUCAAAAGCCUUUUUCACCGAGUUUGGAAUGUGUUUGUUGGUAUCAGCAUUUAUUCCAGCAGGAACGGGGAGUGGCAUGUCUUACCGAGAGUCGACGAGAUCUCUGUCGAAUUUUGUGGAAGCAGUGGUCCCCUUCGUUCGUAUUCUCAGAAGACUUUUACAACCGAACUGCAGAUGCUUUUGAUAAUCCUGAUUUUGUCGAUGUUGUCAUUCACGCUUACAGAUUCUGCUUCGGUAAUGCGAAAGGUGACCCUGCUUUGCAGAAGUUGGAGGAUGCUUUGGCUUCUCAGCCGAAGAUAAGUGUUCCGACCAUCACUUUGGAUGGACGGCAGGAUCCUUUGAAACCAGGCGGUACUGCUGCACACGCUGAGCGCUUUUCUGGUCGUUGCGAGAGGAGAGAAGUUGACGUUGGGCAUGCAUUUCCCAUGGAAGCUCCGGAUGAGUUCACAGACGCUAUCCUCACGAUUAAGAAGUGGGAGACUGGCUAG